UAAGAUUGUCUAUCCAUGAACACGGUUCUCAUCCUUAUUUAGAAAACAAUGGUAUCUCUGUUGCUACUGGAUUUAGAACUGACAUUUCUUUAAUUCAGAAAAAAAUUGAGAGAAUAUCUGGUACAACAGUUUGUGAUGAAAGCAACACAUUCAGUAAUAUUAAUGCGUGUUUCGAGGAAUGUGUUGAAAGGAAUGUAAAAGAAAAGUGCACCUGUCUACUGACCUUUCCUAAUGGGAAGACUGAUCUAUACACCUGUACCAGUCAAGACUUUGAUUGUAUAGAAAAUGUCCAUGAAAACGUGACUGGAUGCAACUGCCUAAAUCCUUGCAGUGAAAAAAGGCACGCGAUGACAAUUUCGACAACCAGAUGGCCAGCAGAAAACUAUGAAGAUUUACUUGAAAAAAUAUUGAAAAGCAAAGGACUAUCUUACGCAAAUUCAAGAAACAGUUUGUUGCAAAUAAGUAUAUACUUUUCGUCGCUGUAUGAGGAAGUAACAGAAGAAAUACCUUCAAUCACGUUUGAAAGUUUUCUAUCAAAUAUUGGAGGAUCUCUUGGUCUAUGGAUUGGAAUGUCUGCCAUUAGCAUCGGAGAAUUGCUAGAAUUGUGUUUCUUUCUCCUGAGAAGUAUGAAGAGACAUAAAAAGGUUACAGAGAAGCAAACUAAUGUCAUCAUACAUGACACUGUAGAAACUACUAUAACUGAUCUCUAACAAUAGAAACACACAAUUUGCUUUGAUAAAUAACCUUUCGAACAUGUCGAAGGGAAGGUUAAUAUAUCAAAUCAUCAAGUCACCAAGACUUAACUGAUAACAUACGAGUAUUAUAAGUCAGUCUAAAGAUUUGUUUAAUCAUGCACGUAGAAUGUUAGGUUUAUACUGGUGUUUUGUUUUGAUAACUGUGGGAACUUAUUAAAAAGAAUAGCGGAUUUGCAUUGUUUGUGUUCUUUCA